AGCAGGCAGGCAGUCCGUCAGUGAGUGGCGGACCGUUGGGUCGUUGUUUCACCGUGUGUCUCUGUGCUGUAACGGACCUCUUGUGUUCUUUUCUGUGAUAAAAUCAUGUCCCAUUAACGGAUUCGUCUCGCUGGUUCUGGAGUUAAAUUAAACCCUGGUGCUCCCAGCGCUUUGGAGAAAAAUGGAAGCUGUGAGCAAGUGGAACCCGCAACAAGUAGUGGAGUGGAUGAGAGGUCUGGAUGACAGCCUGCAGCAGUACAUCCCAUCCUUCCAACAGCUGCAGGUGGAUGGGGAGAAGCUGCUCAGGAUGUCCCACCAGGAGCUGCUGUCUCUAGGUGUGGCGAGGGUUGGACACCAGGAGCUGAUCCUGGAGGCGGUGGAUCUGCUCUGCGCUCUGAACUAUGGCGUGGAGUCGGACAACCUGAAGACUUUGGUGGGGAAGAUGAGAACAGCGCACCACAACCUGAGCAGCGCCGUGACGCAGCGCAGGAAGAACCCCGCCUACCACAGCAAAAAUUCCAAUCAGCCCACCAAUGAAUUCCUCACCGCCGUGGUCGAACUGAUCGGCACCGCCAAGAAUCUGCUGGCCUGGCUGGACAGGACUCCUCUGUCGAGUGCCAAUGACUUCACCUCAACCAAAGGCAAGAUCAUCCAGCUGUGUUUGGAGCUCACCUCCACCGUCCAGAAGGACUGCACAGUUUAUGAGAUGGAGGAAAAGAUUCUGGAAGUGUCCCGAGCGCUCAACAGCAUCUGUGAGAAAACUGUCCAAGCGACUUCUGACCCCGCAAAAAGGGAAAUGUCCUGUUUGGAGGAGGUUCACAUCACCAAUGUCAAGCCUGGGGAGGGACUGGGGAUUUACAUCAAAUCCACCUACGACGGGCUUCACGUCAUCACGGGAACAACAGAGAACUCUCCGGCAGAUAAAACCCAGAGGAUUCACGCUGGAGAUGAAGUCAUUCAGGUCAACAAACAGACAGUGGUGGGCUGGCAGCUAAAGCACCUGGUGGGGAAGUUGAGGGCGGAGUCUGGAGGUGUUGUCUUGAUGCUGAAGAAGAGGCCCUCUGGACCUUCUGCCAGCUUCGCACCGGCUCCUCUGAAAAACCUGCGCUGGAGGCCGCCGCUUGUGCAGACCUCUCAGGGAGCGCCAAGUCUCUAUAAAUCACGAGAGUCAGAAACCUCAGAUGCUCCUGGAAAGAGAGGGAAGACGACCAUCUUGGAUUUGUAUAUCCCUCCUCCCCCAGAAGCGCCAUAUGUCCCGCUAGAUGGGAACACAAGCGUAUUUGCAGGUGUGAAAAUGCGUCCCAAGUCUCCAAACUCGCAUCUGGAUGCAGACGUGCGGCAGCGGCGCUACACUGUAGCAGAGGAAAACCGGACGUCUGUCUUCCCUCCACCUGAAUCCAGUCAUCCUAUCCCAGUUCGCCUCAGGCAGCGCUCCUCCUCACGCUGUAAACCCAGACCCAUCUCCAUGCCUGUGGAGGCCUUUUCAGGCGUGUCUGACCGGCUCUCCAGGCCCAGUACUCAGGGAAGGAAAGGUAAGGACGUCCUGCACAUGUAUCGGAGUAAUGAGGGCAUUAGCACUAUCACGGAGGAGGAGCCGUGUUUCCCUCUGCCGUACCGAGGUCACCCAUCUGUACGUGGCGUCGACCAUAUCAGGGGCAGCCAGUGCUACAUUAACGCCAACCUGCACAACACAGCCACCAUACCUUACCAGGAAGUGGGGUCCAAAAAGGCUUCUGCCUCCACUUCUGCCGCUGUCUCUCCCACUAAGGGUGUAAACAAACAGUCCACGUCGCUGCUCGGCGGCUGGCUGGCUCGACUCAAACUGCUCAGUCACUGAGGAGGAAAAGCUCAGUUUGAAUUUUAUUAGAUGAGACAAUUUUUCUCACCUGGUUUCUGGAAGAGUUUUUAAUAUUCUGCUUUUAAAUAUCCAUUUAAGUUUCACGGUCCUGAUAAAAGGCAAUGCAGUACAUCAUUUUAUAGUUCUGGAUAAAAACAGCAGAUCGUGGACUGUUGGAGUUAACCGAACAUGUUAAGAUGGUGAGGAGUUCAUCUCAAAAUCUAGCACCACAGCAAGGAAAGAAACUAAUCCGGCAUAGUGCUUUUCACUUAAUGAACCUGAUACUGGAAUCUACUGAUCGCUCAUUUUCUGUUUGAUUUAUCAGUCAUGGAAAAUUUGAAGAUUUUAAAGUCGUCAAGGAACCUUUGACAACACCAAGCUGAAAACAAGCCCCACCCGGGGGGAAAAAAACACUGCAACUGUUACAGUUUUUAUAUAUAUUUUUUUAAUCAUAAAGGAAAGUUACAUCUCAGAGUUAGUUUUAAAAUUGCUGCUAUCAUUUAGCAGAAUUAUCUGCAGAUGUAUGGAUGCUUGAAGGAUUGGUUUGCUGCAACAUUCCAGCUUCCAUGUUUUCCCUUUGGCCUGUAGUGCUGUAAAUUCAUCCAGAUACCUAUAUAUAUAUUUUUGCCUUCUGGUCUAUGUUACAGACCUAAAUGUCACCUGUGUUGUGGCCCAGUUACUCUAAAAAGACCUCUGCAAACCUCGUUACGGAACUGUUUUCCUACCACUGUUUACACCUGACAGCUAAACGAAGAGCGCAGCAAGCUAAAUGCAGCUCAGCCAAGGUGAUUCAAUUAAUGUUUGAUUCUGUUGUUCAGCUUCAUCACAGGUAGAUGGAGCCUGUUUAUUGCAGGGUAAAGAAAGAGUUGUGUAGUUUGGUAAAGAGAAAAUUGUUAUUUCUCAGAACUGCUUUUGGAAUAACUAUGUCAGGAUUUCUGGAAAUAGACUUCUCUGCUGUAGUUUUUGGCACUUUUAACAGCACAAAAAAAUCUCAUAUGGACAACUCAAACCAAAGCAGUGUGUAGACGGAUACAGAGGACUACAUGCGAGAGGUCAAAUAUAGAGAUUUGAAUUUGUGGUGAACUGUCCCUUUAAAGUUUUAAUUUUCUAACCUGAUCUUCCUCACCUACCCAUAUUGAAUGUUUCACAUGUAAGGAGGAAAGGGUUUUCUAAAGAUUAUUUAAAAAAUGCUUCAUGACAGAAACUUCAAAUAUAAAAAAAUAUUUUGAAGGCGUUCCUCAGGGAACCAUCUCGGAGCUCUUCAAGUUUUUUUUUUACCCAGUUUCUAGGUCAUGAAUAUUUGGUGCCUUUUUUACUAAUGAAACAUUAUGCAAAAGCUCCUAAGCUGCUAGGGUGACUCGUACUACAGAAACUGGGCAAUAUGGCUACAAGUGUUGUUUUGUUUUCAUUUUAAUCUUCUUUUUCUUUGGAUUUUUUUAAUUGUAAUACUUUGGGUGGCAACAGCUAACAAUGAAAAUAGCUCAAAUGUUACUCUGAGUUGACCAACAGAAGUGAGUUUCCAUCUUCCAGUUAGUUUUAUGUCAAAGUUGAAGCUGUGAUUCUAAUGUGGAAGAUUUUAUUUUCUGUCACAGUGUACAAUAAUAACCUCUUCAAGCUUUUAGGAGAAGAUAAUUUAGCCGCUCAUAUCAUAUAUAAUACACUGAUUUUAAAUACAGCUUAACUGUUAUAUUUAAAGAGGACCUUUUAUUAAUUUCCUGUCAUAUUUACUGUUUAAACAGUGGUUGCUCAUAAUUAAAAAUGGCCAAUUUGUGGGUUGAUUUGGAUGCUUUGACUUGUGGUUCUUCUACAUAUUCUACCCACUGAAUUUGAAAAGAGGCAGGCUUUAAAGGGGGAGGAGCUUAAAAGGCUUGUUUUAGGAGGAUGAAUGAAUUCAGCAGUAAGGCCCAGGAUCACAUAAAUAAGGAUUCUUUUGAACUGCCAGUCAUGGAAAUGGACACUACUAGAGUCCAAGAAUGAAAUUAUGAUGGAAAUAAAUAGAUCUGGUUUUUGAUCUGUUUAGUGUUGAAUUAAAACAUUUCUCAGCAUUGCUUCUUUUUUUUAACAUUGAAAAUAAAGGUUUCACAUGUUGACCAUCCAGAUUUAAGGCAAAACUUCUAUUUUGGGGCUUUGAUCUGAAAUAACAGAUUAUAGCAUGCUGAAUCUGCUGAAGAUGAAGCUGGUUUUUGUUUUCAGUAGACUUCUUGUUUUGUUUUUUUUGUUUUUUUUUUAAUUUUCAAAACUUAUCAGUGGAUUAUCAGAGCCUUAGCGUUUAUGAUUGUUGAAGUAUUUUUCUAGUAAAAACACCAUUUGUAAUUAAGGAGCCAUUAGUGCCUCUUUAGAUAUUUUGGUUUGUAUGCAUAAUAUGGUUUCUAAAAAUGUUUUUAUCUUUUGUUCUUUUCUCAAAGAACUUAAGAUUUGUAUACAUUUCUAACGUUAUCAGGGACAUGAAAGUGUUAAAAAGAAGAAAAAAAUGCACAUUUCUUUUUAACAGGGAACACGGCAAAUAAAAACAGUGAAAUGAUUAACCAGUGUUUUAGUACAAGGAUUAUGAUUUUAUGAUUUCAGAAAGCAGUUCAAAAGCUACUCUACCUGAAAAUAUGCUGCAUCCUUUUGUAAUAGCUCAGAAUGUAAACACUUUGAUUUAUUCUUUGUGCUAAAAACACAAAGUAAAGAGAAAAACUUGAACCCUGACACAGAGUAGACUUGGUAAAUAUAUUAUGGGGUGGAACAAUUCUGAAUCCGAAACUGAAAUCGGGAUAGAAGCAUCCCCAGUAUUGCAUUAUGGUUCCAACUUGUCGUACUGUGGAAGCUGUGAUGUUUAAACAUUGAGGUAAUAAAUGAACUGGAAGCAUAGCACAUUUAGUGUAAUUCAUUUCAUCUCAUGAUCCAGUCAUGAUCAAGUGAUCAGGCCACUGUAGCUAAUUGUGGUUUCAGUCAAAUCUAUUUUACACCCCUAAAAUAGAUUUAGAAUGAACUUUGAUAACAGAUUUAAUGGAUUUAAAUACAUUUGAAGUAUCUAAUAUAAGGUUUAACCCCUUAGC